AUGGAUGUCGAUAUGUCAAAUUUGAAUAAGCAAGUUAAUGAGGAAGGAGAUGAUUCUGAAGAUGAUGGUUCUUCUGAAGAGGAUGGGGAAGAUGAAUCUAGUGAGGAUGAGUCUAGUGAAGAUGAGGAAAUUGUGAUGGAAGAGGAGGUUAAUACUAAGAUGAGUAAAGAGCCUAGUUUAAAGAUGAAGUCUGGUACUGUUAUUAAUAGUAUUAAUAUGCUUCCUUCUAUUUUGGGUGAUGCUAAUAGUUGUAAAAAGGUGGAUGGUGAUAGUCAGGGGAACUUGUUGAACUCUUAUGCAGGUGUGUUAAAAGGUAAUAGACAUAAGGGUAAGAUUGAUGUCAAGUUUAUUCCAGGGGAAAAAGGCAAAGAAGAAGGACCUGUUAUUAUCCCGAUUGAGAAUUUAAAGAAAGCGAGUAUUCCAUAUACUAAUACUUUAUAUGGGUAUAUGAUUGAUAAGAAGUUAGCGUUUCCUGUGAUUCAGCAAGAGGUUAGAAGGCUAUGGAAGAAUGUGGGUCUUGAAGAGAUAUUCAUGAACAGUAAAGGGUUUUUCUUUUUUAAAUUUAGUGAUGAGCAGGGGAUGUUAUCUAUAUUGGAGGGAAGCCCAUGGUUGAUGUUCAAUAAUAUGCCAUUAUUUCUUCAAAGGUGGAGACCAGGUCUGAAAUUAACCAAGAAUAGUCAUGAUAAAAUUCCGGUGUGGAUCAAAAUCUUUGAUUUACCUUUGGAAGUAUGGAGUGGAGAGAAUUUGUGUAUUAUAGCGAGUAAGUUGGGGGUGCCUCUGGCUUUUGAUUCUUUUACUGAGGAGAUGUGUUUGGAACACAAGGGUAGAAACGCUUAUGCUCGAAUUCUUGUUGAAAUGGCGGCUGAUAAGGAAUGGAUGAGGAAAAUUGAGGUUUCUACUUGGGAUUUUGUUACUAAUUCUGCUGUGGUUCAGAGUUUUGAUGUGGAGUAUGCUUGGAUGCCUUCUAGAUGUAAUCACUGUAAGGUUUAUGGGCAUACGGAUAAAGUUUGUUUGGCAGCUUUGAAUGAAGAGAAAGUGGUAAAGAAUGGGGAUAAUGGGAACAAUAAGAGAAAUAAAGGGAAGGAAAUGGUUAAUGAUGAUGGAUUUACGGAGGUUGUUUAUAAGAAGGUUGCAGGAAAUAAUGAUGGUGAAGGCCCUAGUAAAUCUAAGGAGGGUCAUGCUCAAUUGUAUAAUCAAAGAUAUAGUGGGAAGAAUGGAAAUUUUAACAGGGAAAAUAAUUUCAGAGGCAAUUAUGGGAAUAGAGGUGGUAAUGGAAGGGGACAGAAUGGGAAUUGGAAUAAUAAAGGGGUGGGUCAUUGGAAUUUAGAAAAGAAUAGAAGAUAUGAGAAGUUUGUUAAUGGUCAGGCUUUGGUUGGUAAUCAGGGGAAAAUGGAGAAUAAGAUGCAGGGGAAUGCUAUAAAGGAUGAUAACAUAAAAGUGGGUGUUAACAAGAGUCUAGAAAAUAAGACUGUUUCUAGUGAUGGUUGCAGUAUUAAAAAUAGUUUUGAAAUCCUGGGAAGGAUUGAUGAGGAAGUUAUGGAUAGAAUGGAAGAGGAUGCUAAGGGAGGCAAAGUUGAUGGUUAUCAGGAAGGUGAUUGUGUUGAUUAUUCUUCUGAUGUUGUUGGAAUAAUGAAUAAUAAGUUGGAUCCUUCUAAGUUUGUUGGGAAGGGUAAUGUAGGGAAUGAAAGUAAUAAAAUGAAGAAUAGUAUGAUGGUUCAGGGGAAUAGUAAAAGCACAGAUGGGAUUUCUCAGGCAUUUGAGGAGAAGGAGGUUAUUGAUGUUAUUAGGAGUAAUAACCUUGGUAUAUGUGCUGUGGUGGAGUCUCAUGUCAAGGUCUUAAAUCUUAAGAAUGUUUGUGUUAAGACCUUUGGUCAAUGGGAUUGGGUUUCUAAUAAUAGUAGCUGUGAGGCUGGAACUAGAAUAAUUGUUGGAUGGAAUCCAAGACUUUUUGAUGUGAUGGUGAUUUCUCAGUCUAGACAAGUUAUUCACUGUUAUGUUAGAUUCUGUGAUUCCAAUUAUAGCAUGUAUUUGUCUUUUAUAUAUGCUGCUUCGAAUUAUCUUGAGAGAAGGUUAUUAUGGGAUAAUUUGAAGAAACAUAGUUUGGUUGUUAAGAAGGAAGCAUGGGGAAUAUUAGGUGAUUUUAAUGUUGCUUUAAAACCAUCGGAAUAUUCUGAAGGUUGUUCCAAAACGCCUAAAGGAGUUGAUGAUUUUAUUGACUGUAUAAACUUUAUUGAAGUUGAGGAUCUGAAUUCCUCUGGGUUUCAGUUUACUUGGAAUAAAACUCCUGCUGGGAAUAAGGGCCUUUUGAAGAAGUUAGAUAGGGUGAUGGCCAAUUUGAAAUUUGUUUCGGAUCAUCCUUUAGCUCAUGCUGUUUUUAAACCUUAUAGGGUGUCGGAUCAUUGUCCUGCUAUUUUAAAUGUUCCUGUUGGCAAAUUGAGAUGGAAACCUUCUUUUAGGUUUGCUAAUUUUAUCACUGAAAAGGUGGAGUUCUUACCCCUGGUUAACGAAGUUUGGGAUGCUAAUAUUGAAGGUUUUUUUUAUGUUCAAAGUGUGCCAAAAGUUGAAGAUUCUUAA